AUGAAAAUCGUGUUGGAGGAUUGGAUAGGACGAUUCGCGUUGCACGCUCAUCUUGGUUGCAUCUCGAAGCGGUUGAUUUUUGUCAACAUAUUCUUUAAAUUUCCCUUGUUGGUUAGCGGGUUUUGUUUGAAAUUUGAAAUUGCAGUUUUAGCACUCACAGGAAACAUGGCAACUGUAUCUGUUCCUACGUCAAAUGCAAAGAAACCUGUGAAAUACUUUGUUGUGGAUGCGUUUGCUGAGUCGGCAUUCAAGGGGAACCCUGCAGCUGUGUGUUUGCUGGAAGAGGAGAGGGAGGAGGAGUGGCUGCAAGCAUUAGCCUCUGAGUUCAAUAUUUCUGAGACCUGUUUUUUAACUACUCCCAUCUCUGACGCCUCAGUUCCUCGUUUUCAUCUCAGAUGGUUUACUCCUGUUGCUGAGGUUAAACUUUGUGGUCAUGCUACAUUAGCCACUGCGCACACAUUAUUUUCAUCUGGUUUGGUGGAUAGCGAUGUUAUUGAAUUCGUGACGCUAUCUGGGAUAUUAAUUGCUAAAAAGAUCCCAGUGAUUCAUACCACUAGUGCCUCAAACUUGCAAAAAGAUCCCACAGAUUCAUAUAUUGAAUUGGAUUUUCCUGUUAAUCCUGUUAGAGAGUUCAGCUUUGAGGCGAGUGCUUCUCUAAUUUCUGAGGCAUUGGACGGUGCUUCCAUAAUUGAUGUAAAGAGGACACAAAUUGCAGAUGACUUGCUCGUUGUAAUCUCCUCUGGAAAAGCUAUCUCGGAACUACAACCAAAACUUGAAGCAUUAGUGAAAUGCCCUGGAAGAGGGGUAAUUGUCUCGGGGAUGGCUCCUUCAAACUCGGAGUUUGACUUCAUUAGUAGAUUCUUCUGUCCAAAACUUGGGAUCAGUGAGGAUCCUGUUUGUGGAAGUGCUCAUUGCGCAUUGGCACCCUACUGGAGCAAGAAGCUGGGGAAGUGUGACUUCAAAGCCUAUCAGGCAUCACCCAGAGGAGGAGUUAUCGAUAUCCACCUCGAUGAAACCACACAAAGAGUAUUUUUACGUGGGAAGGCUGUCACAGUGAUGGAAGGGUACAUUCUAGUCUAG